UCAAAGUGUUCCUCUCAUAAGAUUCUCAUAUCUUAAUUUAGAGAGAGAGAGAGAGAGGGGAACUAAUUAAAAAAUUUCAUUUAAUUAUAUACACAAUAAUGAGAGAGGUUAAUAUCCUGCUGCAUUGCCUCAUAUGCUUCUUUGCCUUCUUGGCUCCUGUCUUUGUGAAUUCAGAAGACCCGUACAUGUUCUACACUUGGACCGUCACUUAUGGAACAAGAUCUCCUCUUGGUGUCCCCCAACAGGUCAUUCUUAUUAACGGGCAAUUCCCAGGUCCACCAAUCGAAGCCAUCACAAACAACAACGUAGUCGUCAAUGUCAUCAACAAGCUCGACGAGCCAUUCCUCAUCACCUGGAACGGUGUGAAGCAGAGGAGGACAUCAUGGCAAGACGGGGUAUUGGGCACGAACUGUCCGAUCUUACCGAACUCGAACUGGACUUACCAGUUCCAACUCAAGGAUCAGAUCGGGACGUACACAUAUUUCCCUUCAACGGCAAUGCAUAGAGCUGUCGGAGGCUUUGGCGCACUCAACAUCAACCAGAGAUCUGUCAUUUCAAUUCCUUACCUUCAACCCGAUGGCGAUUUCACCCUCCUUGUCAGCGACUGGUACAAGAUCGGUCACAAGGAAAUGCAAAGGAAGCUCGACGCAGGCAUUGCUCUUCCUCUUCCGGAUGGUUUAAUCAUCAAUGGAGUUUCAAAGGGUUUGAAAUUUCACGGCCAACAAGGCAAGACAUACAAGUUCCGGGUAUCGAAUGUUGGGAUUGCGGCAUCGAUAAAUUUCAGGAUCCAAGGACACACGAUGACACUGAUCGAAGUGGAAGGAUCUCAUACUCUGCACGAGGUCUACGAGUCACUCGACGUCCAUGUCGGUCAGUCGGUGACCGUCUUAGUCACGUUGAGGGCUAUGGUUAAGGACUAUUUCAUCGUGGCCUCGACCCGUUUCACCAAACCGGUGUUAACCACCACUGGUAUCCUCCGGUACAUUGGCUCCAAAACUCGAGCCUCUCGUCCCCUCCCCAUUGGCCCUACUUACCAUGUUCACUGGUCCAUGAAACAAGCUCGAACCAUAAGGAUGAAUUUGACGGCGAAUGCAGCGAGGCCGAACCCACAGGGAUCUUUUCACUACGGUACCAUACCGAUAGUUCGCACUCUGGUUCUAGCCAAUGCAGCCGCGAAGAUCAAUGGCAAGCUCCGUUACACGGUGAACGGUGUCUCGCACGUGGACCCGACCACACCGUUGAAACUGGCCGACUGGUUCAACAUCCCGGGCGUGUUCGAUCUCAAGACCAUAAAGGACAGUCCUGUCCCUGGAGGACCGUCCGUUCUCGGUGCAUCGGUCAUCGGUGUCGCUCUCCAUGACUUUGUCGAGAUCGUAUUCCAAAACACCGAAAGAUCUGUCCAGUCGUGGCACAUGGAUGGGACAAGCGCAUAUGCUGUAGGAUACGGUAACGGGACAUGGACCGCAGCGAUGAGGAAACGUUACAACUUGGUUGACGCUGUUGUAAGGCACACUUUCCAGGUGUAUCCAUUGUCGUGGACGGCGAUAUUGGUGUCAUUGGACAACAAGGGGAUGUGGAAUCUGCGGUCUCAGAUAUGGUCGAGGAGAUAUUUAGGGCAAGAGCUCUAUGUUCGUGUCUGGAACGACGAGAAGUCGCUUUACACAGAGACCGAUGUUCCUCCCAACGCACUUUACUGCGGCAAAGCCAAACGCCCCGCUUAGAUGAAUUUUAUUGUUAUUGUUAUUAUUAUUAUGAUUCGAUCCAUCAUCGAUCAUUUCGUUUUCUUUUUUAUAUAUAUUUUUUUUUCGGUUUGCGUUAUCUUUUCCUAAUCGUUCGGGUUUGGAGAUUUGGCCACGAGGGUCGUGGCAUUACAAGAAGAAGAAAAAUUAUAUAUAUACACGUGUAGUUUGAACGAUGCGUUACUUUUUAAUCAAUGCCUCAUUGGUUGUAAUAAGAAAUUUUCUUGUUAUUGAACUCGUUCUAGUUCAACAUUUUAUAUGCAAUAAUGUA